AUGGCAACUUCCAACGAAUCAUCGUCUGACCGAUACUGGAUCAAGGUUGCAGAAAACAUUCCGAGUCUAGAAGAAUGCAGCGCCUUUGUUUCCGCACCAACGUGUGGUGCUAUUUCAACGUUCGUUGGCAUCACUCGCGACAACUUUCAGGGUAAAAAGGUGGUCAAACUAAGUUAUGAAGGAUAUGUCUCAAUGGCUGAGAAAGAGCUUCGAAAGCUCUGUGAUGAAGCCUCACAAAAAUAUGAUGUUACCAAGAUUGCUGCCGUUCACAUUCUUGGUGAUUGUCCUGUCGAGAGAGCAUCCGUGAUUUUGGCCUGCUCCAGUCCACACCGACGGGAUGCUUUGCAAUGUGUGGCAUAUUUGAUCGACGAACUGAAAGCACGAGUUCCAAUCUGGAAGCGAGAGGUAUAUGAGGGGGAUGAUAGUGUUUGGAAGGAGAAUGUGGAGUGGAAGGAUGGCAAAGCUAAACGAGUGAUGUCCAAAAACUAA